AUGUCUGCCGUUCUAGAAGUAGAGAAGGAUUCUCCUUUGGGGUUCAUAUACAACAAUCCUCUCUCGAUGGCUCUGGCAGACUCAUACCUCUCUUUCUCAAAGCGGAGGGCGGCUUUAGGACUGUCUAACCCUGGGACGGUUGAACACAUCUCGCGGGAGGUGCAGCGCGAUGUGCUCAUGAACAAUUACGCCUUUAGUGGCUUAAGGGCAGAUCUUACCAAGGCUAUCAGCAUGACGCCGCUAUUCCAGAUAUCUCAUUCAUUCGCUAUGGGGUCACAAGGGCUGCCGCCAUAUACAUUUGCGACACUGUUUGGUACCAACAACAUCUUUAUGCAAGGCAACGUUGACAACGAGGGGCAAUUGUCUACCAGAUUCAACUACCGCUGGUCGCGGUCCUUCGUAACAAAGUCCAACAUUCAAAUCGCCCCUGGCAACCAAGCAAUGGCCCAAUUUGAGAACGAAUACACCGGAGCUGAUUUCACUGCGUCGCUGAAGACUUUGAAUCCUUCUUUCAUUGAUGGUGGUCUCACUGGCAUCUUCAUUGGUAGCUACCUUCAAUCAGUAACCCCCAGCCUGGCUCUCGGAUUGGAGGCAAUCUGGCAGCGCGCCGCUUUGAACCAAGGUCCCGAAACCGCCCUGUCAUAUUGUGCUAAAUACAAGGGAAGCGACUGGAUUGCCAGCGCUCAAUUCGCUGCCGGAGGCGCUAUCAACACAUCGUACUGGAGAAAGUUGACAGAUAAGGUAGAGGCCGGAGUUGACCUGAAUUUGCAGUUCGCUGGGCUGUCUGGCGCUGGAAUGAUGGGAGGUGCGCGUAAGGAAGGUGCUACUACCGUUGGAGCUAAGUACGACUUCAGGAUGUCUACUUACAGAGCUCAGGUGGACUCGACUGGGAAGCUUGGUUGCCUGUUGGAGAAGAGAGUCGCUCCUACGGUGAGCUUGACAUUCGCCGCUGAGAUGGAAUACUUCAAGCAAUCUGCCAAAAUCGGUCUUGCCGUCUCGCUUGAAUCCACCCCCGAAGAGAUGCAAGAGCAACAACAAAUGGGUGCUACGCCCCCGGCGCAAAUCCCAUUCUAA